GAUAAGUACAGCAAUUGGUGCGGUACUAACAACAACUACUGUGUACCGCACUUUCAAAAUCGAAAUUAAAUAUUAAAUACAUUAAUCUAAUGUUAUACAUUAGCAUUUAUUUUGUAAUUUUACUACUUUUGUCAACAAAUUAAGAGGUCAAACAUUUUUCGAUCGUUAACCGAUAGUUAAAUAGCAAUUAUCAUUAAUAAUUUCUCCCCGGUGUUGUACAAUAGGUACUAUUGUUAUUCUGUGAACAAUUUUUUGGUGUCGUCGUUUUUACAUUUUUGAAUUUUAUUUUUGACAUAAAUGAUCUACGGAUUCGGUCGGUAGAGGCAUCUCAAUUGAUUUCACGCCCUACACAUUUAAACUGUGCUAUAAAAAUGGAUGUGGUCAAUGAGAAUUUCUAUCAGUUGUUGCCGGAAAUUGAAUUAGCCAUUGCCGAGUGUGAUUUCAUUGCGAUUGAUGGAGAAUUCACCGGUCUUCACAAUGGUACUAUGGUCAGCAUAUUCGAUACAGCAGCUCAGUAUUACCAAAAACUUCGAAGUAAUUGUAUGGACUUUUUGAUGGUUCAAUUUGGUCUGUGUGCUGUAAAAUAUAAUGCUGAAAAGAAAAAGUAUACAUACAGGGCGUAUAAUUUUUAUACCUUUCCAAAGCCCAUGAGUCGAUAUGCUCCAGAUUGCCGAUUCCUCUGUCAGUCUUCAAGCAUGGAAUUUCUAAGCAAUAACAAUUUUGACUUUAAUAAGCUGUUUAAACAUGGCAUUCCUUUCCUUACUGUGCCCGAUGAACAAGUAUUACAAAAUGAACUGCUUAAUCGAUAUAAGCAAAAUUGUUUACAGGCUCAGACACCAUCAAAAGUCUCUGAGUCUAUACCUAUACCAGAUAAUCAUAAAGCAGACAUAGAAUCUGCUUGUGAAAAAGUAAAAGAACUUUUAGAAAGCGAAACGAGUUCUGAAGUCAUCAUAGCAGAGAAACCUAAUUCUUUUGUCCGUAAACUUAUUUAUCAGGAAGUCUAUAGUAGAUAUUCAGAUUCCAAAGUAAGUUUACAGUCCAAAAUAGUAGAAGAUAUUGGCAAUGUUAUGGUAGCUUUCAAAGGAAGAACAAAAUUGUUAAUGGCACAAGAAAGAAUGGAACGGGAACAGAUUGAGUUAGAAAAAGCUGUCGGUUUUUCAGCAGUCUUAAAGAAAAUUAUAGCUUCUAAUAAACCUGUUGUUGGACACAAUAUGACAUUAGAUGUUUGUCAUAUGAUUCAUCAGUUUUGUUUACCAUUGCCAUCUAGCUAUAGUGACUUUCAAGCUAUGGUUAAAACAAUAUCAUAUCGCUUUUUGGAUACAAAGUAUAUAAGUGGUACAGAACCACUUAAGCCAUUCUUCGGUUCAACAGUAUUGAAUGAUUUAAAAAAGUCACUAUCAGAACAAUGUCAAAAUUAUAUAGAUUUGGAACCAGAGGUUCCUGAAGUUGGUUAUUCUAAUGAUGUAUCUAAGUUGCAUGACGCUGGUUUUGAUGCAUAUUUGACCAGUACUGUUUUUGUCAAUCUUUGCAAUUUAUAUGGUAAAGUGAAAGGUAUUAAAGAACACAUUUCUACAGAUUCUGCUUACCUUAAACAGUUUGAGAAUAAACUAUAUAUGAUUCGGUAUAAUGAAGAUCCAUGUUUAAACUUAAAUGGUCCUGAACCCCAACUUCAAAGAAGCCACGUUUAUCAUAUUACAUUCCCAGCAGAAUGGAAAACUAUUGAUAUUACAAACAUAUUUAGUCCAUUUACCAAUGUAUUUAUCAAGUAUAUUAAUGAUACAUCUGCUUGGGUGGCAUUGAGAGAGGCAUCUCAAGCAAAAGCAAUGAAUAAAAUUUUGCCAAAAUUACAAGCCCUUCACAAAAACAUUAUAUUAUUACCUUGGUCUGUUUACUACAAAGAUACAUGUACUUCUAAUGUACCAACUACAACAAAAAGAAAGAUUAGCAGUUGCUCAUCAUCACCUCCUAAAGAUAAUAUUGAUUCGCCAAUUGCUGAAGAUACUUCUGAUGAUCAUGAUGGUCAAACACCAGAAAAAGUACCGCGUAUUUCAAAAGGACGAAGAGUUUCAAGAGGAGGAACUAUAAGUCCAAUAUUGGAAGCAGAUGAAUCUACUGAAUUAGAUGCUGACUCUUCAGCUGUAUCAAACAUCACUGAUGUGGAUGUAAAAAAUCAUAGUAUAAGUACUCCAAGCUAUGCACAAACUUUAAAGACAAAAAAAGAUACAGAUACAGCAGAAUUGAAAACUAUUUUCCCUGUUGCUUCGUGGGAUUAACAAUACAUAAUAAUUAUUUUAAUGCAAUUUAUCUGUAAAUAUAUAAUGUACGAAUAAUAUCUCAUAAAAUUGUA